CAGUGCAGUCCUGGUAAUGCUGAGACAGACGGUGAGCGGUUGGGUUUAUUUUUGGGUCAGUGACAGUGUGUCAAUGGCCGCAGAUGCGUCGGAAAGGAAGGCUCUGAGAUACAAGCAAACCCUGCUCUAUGGGGAGUACCAAGAGCACCAAGGAGGCUCCGGCAGACGGGAGGCCACACGCCUGCUGACAGAGAGGCAGAUCAAGAAACAUGGCAACCAUCACCGCAGCCAUGGGAGGAUUCGGCAUGGACAUGGCCGCCGUGGCCAAAAUGGAUACCACAGUCGCCAUGGACAUCAGCACAGCUAUCACAGCAGGCAAAGGAACAGGCGUCAGUCUAACAUGGAAACUGAGGCUGCUGAUGAGCAAACAGCUGAACCUGACCUUACAUCCUCUAUGAAGAAGAAGCGCUCCUACUCCAAGUGUAGAGACUGCAUAGCACGGGUGCAGAGAUUCCUUGUGACCAGGUUGGGAGAAGACUGGAUCUUCCUGGUUCUGCUGGGCAUCACUAUGGCACUGGUCAGCUGGACAAUGGACUACGCCAGCGCAAAGAGCCUGCAAGCCUAUAAAUGGAUUCACGGGGAGCUCAGGGGAAACAUCCCCCUGCAGUACCUGGCCUGGGUUUCUUAUCCCCUGAUCUUCAUCCUGUUCUCCUCCCUCUUCUGUCACCUGGUUUCUCCUCAAGCUAUUGGUUCUGGUAUCCCAGAGUUGAAGACCAUCCUGAGAGGUGUGGUGCUAAAGGAAUAUUUGACUCUCAAGGCCUUUGUUGCGAAAGUCAUCGGUCUGACUGCAGCCCUGGGUAGCGGCAUGCCUGUAGGCAAAGAGGGCCCGUUUGUUCACAUUGCCAGUAUCUGUGCUGCAGUUCUCAGCAGGUUUAUGUCCUUCUUCUCAGGAGUUUAUCAGAAUCCAUACUGUUAUACAGACAUCCUAACAGUGGGCUGUGCUGUUGGGGUGGGCUGCUGCUUUGGUACUCCACUUGGAGGUGUGCUCUUCAGUAUAGAGGUAACGUCCACAUACUUUGCUGUGAGAAACUACUGGAGAGGAUACUUUGCUGCUACAUUUAGUGCCUUCAUAUUCAGAGUGUUAUCCGUGUUUAACAAAGAUGCAGUAACCAUUACUGCUCUGUUCAGGACAAACUUUCGAAUGGAUUUCCCUUUUGACUUACAGGAGCUACCAGCAUUCGCCAUCAUUGGGAUUUCCUGUGGGUUCCUGGGGGCGUUCUUUGUGUAUCUAAACAGACACGUGGUGCUGUUCAUGAGACGGCCCAACGCUAUGACCCGCUUCCUGACCAAACAUCGGCUGUUAUUUCCUGCUGUGGUAACGCUGGUCAUCGCCACCCUGACCUUCCCACCCGGGUUCGGACAGUUCAUGGCAGGAGAGCUGAUGCCCAGGGAGUGCAUCAACUCUCUGUUUGAUAACUUUACGUGGACAAAGAUUUCGGGAUCUCCUCCUCCGGUUGGUCUGGGCCGCUCUGCCGCCUGGCUGCACCCUGAUGUCAGCGUGUUCAUAAUCCUGCUGCUCUUCCUCCUCAUGAAGUUCUGGAUGUCUGCAGUGGCCACCACCAUGCCCAUUCCAUCUGGAGCCUUCAUGCCUGUCUUCAUACUGGGAGCUGCAUUUGGCAGGCUGGUAGGGGAGAUCAUGGCCACCCUAUUUCCUCAUGGGAUUGUGUUUGACGGCAUCCUUUACCGUAUCAUCCCCGGAGGGUACGCAGUCAUUGGAGCGGCAGCAUUGACCGGUGCGGUGACUCACACGGUGUCCACGGCAGUUAUCUGCUUUGAGCUGACAGGUCAGAUCUCCCACAUCCUGCCAAUGAUGGUGGCAGUAAUCCUGGCCAACAUGGUGGCCCAGGGUCUGCAGCCCUCCUUGUACGACUCUAUCAUCCAGGUCAAGAAGCUGCCGUAUCUGCCAGAGCUCGGCUUUGGUCACAUGAGCCAAUACAACAUCUUUGUAGAGGACAUCAUGGUGACAAAGGUGAACUUUAUAUCGUCUCAGUCCACCUACAGAGAAGUCAAACUCCUGCUGGAUUCCUCCUCACUCAAAUCAAUCCCACUGGUUGACUCAAAAGAGUCUAUGAUCCUACUGGGCAGCAUCGACAGGUUGGAGCUUCUGGCUCUCUGUGAUUGGUGGUUGUCACCAGAGAGGAGGCUCCUCAUGCAGGGUCGCAGUCUACAGGAACAGAACCAGUCGCAGAAACACAGCUGGGAGUCCUUCGCCUUCGUAGAUGAGGAGGAGGAGGAGGACGGAGAGAAGGGCAGUCCAGUACAGGAAGAGAGGAAUGGCCCCCUGCCCCCUCCAAAACCCCAGGAGCCUUCCUCAAACCACACUGCUCCUGUUCCUGAAAAAGGUCCUCUGCAGUCUGUGAGGAAAACACUCAGGAAUCUCUUCACCUCUAAGAACAGACAGACAGAGGGGCAGUCGCAGGAGCCCUGUCCUCCUCCCCUGUCAGACACAAUGACACCAGAAGAGAUCAAAGCGUGGGAAGAGGCAGAGAUGGACAAGCCGAUGGAAAUCGAUGAGAUACGAGUAGACCCUUCCCCUUUCCAGCUGGUUGAGAGAACAUCAUUACACAAGACUCACACCUUAUUCUCACUGCUGGGGCUAAGUCAUGCUUAUGUGACCAGUAUUGGCAAACUGGUGGGUGUGGUGGCACUGAAGGAGCUCCAGAAAGCCAUCGAAGGCUCCACCCGCUCCGGCGUUCGGCUUCGUCCUCCUCUUGCCAGCUUUCGUGACAUUAGCAACCACAACUCUGUCUCUAAACCUCCACCCUCUUCUCCUGCUGCUCCUUCCUCUCCGACCUCCACUUCCCCUCCCUCAGCUCUGACUGCUCCACAGCCUCCCUCCUCCUCUCCACCUCACCACCACCACCACCAUCAUCACCACCAUCACUAUGAGAAUGAGACAGAGGUGUGGAUCGAGGGCGUGACGAGGGAGGUGGAGGAGAGCAGCAGCAGCAGCAGCACCAGCAGCAGCACAGGAGCAUGCACCUCAACCAGUAGGAGUUUCCGCUACAACAGCAACCUUACCCUCCCUCCAUCCUCCACUCCUCCCCCAGUCCCUCCUUCUUCCACUCCACCUCCUUCUCCUUCCUCCCCCUCCAUCCCUCUCUCCACCCUGAGGCCCCUACAGGGACUAUUUGAUGGGGGUGAAGACAGUGACGAUGAGCCAAUGGUUUAGAUUAAACAAGAGUGAUGGUUCUGUUUUUUAUAAUGAAAAACUUUUUUAAAUGGUGUGAGUUUUUCCUUCUGUUCUUAACUUGUUGCUCUGGUCUUUGGACACCCAUUUACCUCUUUUUAUCCCACUGUUACUGAUUCUGUCUGCUCAUUUCAUAGACCCUUACCUAGUUAAAACACAUCCCUUUUCUUCUCUCUGCCCUCCCCAUCCUCUCUGUCUUUCCUUAAUAAGCUCUGUAUGUGUACAUUUUUUGAUACUUGUCCUGCCUCACCUUCUCCUCAUUUUCUGUUUCAUUGUUUUUCACAUUUAAAGUCUCAGGGGUUCAACCAAUAUGGGUUAAACUCUAGACUGAGGUUGCUGCUGGUAUCCACUGUUCUUAAUCUUUACGCCAAAGAAUUGACUGUUUUCUCCAGGAUUAUUUUCUUGUCAGGGGGUAGUAGCAGUCAAAACAGCAUUAAAGACAAUUAUAGCACACCAAAACUCAAAACAAUAAACAAAUAAUUUCAUUGUUAUUGGCUUUAUACCCACCAGUCUUAGGGUAUACAUUAUAUUACAUAUUUUAUCACUUAGUGAUCAGAACAUGACAAACAUUUGCCAAACAGAGGAACAUUUCACAGAUCUGAGGUAGAAAAAUUAUUAAAAUGAUUAAAUCUAACCUAACUAAUCUGAAACUACCUUGUGCUAUGCAUACCUCUAUUUCUAUAACACAGUUGGCAGUUUGUGACUCAUUUCUGUGCAUGCUAUGUAAGCAUGGAAAUUAAUUAUGUGAAACAUUUAUUGAUAAUUUGUGAUAUUUCUAUUAAGGAUAAAUGAUAUCAUCAUUGUAUAUCACAAUCUAAUUACAACAGUUAUAUUGCUUUAUAGUUUUGUAUUGCAUUAUAAUUUUGUAUUGCGAUAAUUAUUGCUACUGUUUUAGUACCCAGCCCUAUGUGUGAUGUAUAAUACCUCUAUUAUUUGUUCCUCUUUGAAUUUGGAUUGAUUCCACACAGCUCUGUGUCACAGUUUUCCAGCACAACAUUAGUUUGUGUGUUUAUUAAUAUAAUAUGCUGUGUUGAAGAGUAAUACAAACCUGUGCAGCCCAAACUAAAGGUGAACCCAGUGAAUCUCUGCACAGUAGUUCUGCAUUAACUGCUCGUUUAUGUGUCUCUAAAAAAGGUUUUUAUCAGAUGAGAGCAGGGGCUAUUGAUUUUCUUCCCUCUUUUUUAACUGGCAACAGACCAUCUGGAUAGCAGUAGACUAAUGGAGCUGCUCAGUCCACUGUGGAAGAUUGGCCAAAGCCCCAAAACGACCUCCAAAUUGUGUGCUGACCUUGUGGAUGCAGCCUCAGAGCUCAUCUCAUCACGGUUAAGUUGAUAGAUGGUGUAGCUAAAGGCGGCUGAUGACAGUCAAACCCCACUGCAUAGAUCCUGGAGAAUUUUUUUUCAGUUCCCCUAACAAGGAUGCCUUCCAGAUAUAGCAAAAAUCAGUCAUGAGUACUUAAUUUAGACUUAUGAUGAAGAUGUUGUUGCACAAAGAAAGGCAGCAAAUACACAUCAGCAGAAGCUUUUAUUUUCUAAAAUGUGACGUGUGUCAUCCUGGAAAAGGAUUCUUCAGUUGUUUUGUGGCUGUGUCUUAUUGUUAAAGCAACAGGUAGAGUUCAACCGAACAAAGUCAAAGUCUUUGAAACUAAUAGCUCUUAACCAUAACCAACCAUAUCAGUUGAUGUAGAGCUGGAAAACUGAAACAAUUACCUAAAAGAGACUUAAAGUCAGAGAGGUUGGGUUUUAUUUUGUGCCUUGUUCAGCACUACAAGUGACAUUAAUGGAAGAUCAUAAAUGGAAGUGCCUCACCCUCUUAAAGUCAGUUACUGCUAAUGAUGCCGUACAUAGUUUAAUCUGGAGAGCUGCUCUGUGACUACCUUAAUAAUUGAAUUCAUACGUUGUUGAACUCUUAUCACUCCAUCUCCUCUUAUACUCUUUAUCUCCUCAUCAUCCCCAGGACUCAGUUUCUCAGGUGCUGCUUUAAAAGUCUUUAAACCUGCAGAUUGAACAAAAGGUUUUUUCUUUAUGUCUGUGUGAAUUAAAAUGUGUGUCUUUUUCUUAAGGGGGAGGGGGGCGGCGGGUGCGGGUAAGUCUGUGAUGGUCUAAGUGCUGAUUUGUUUUGUCUGUCUGCGGUUGUGGUUAUUAUGUAUUUAUUUAUUUAUCUAGUAGACUCAAAUGUUAUCUAAAAAUUUAUAAAACUGUGAAGAAUGUAGCUAAAUAAAGUUUUAUUAAGUGAAAUGCUUUAA